AUGUCACAAACAGACGGCGCGCAACAAAACGGGCACGCUUCGAAAGCCGAGCUUGAUGCCAAUCAAGGCGGCAACCACAAUAAGAAGACCUACCACAAGCAAGCCACCGGCCUCGCGUGGGAGACGGUGCAAGCCCACUCAUCCGACAACGACCUCAAGCUCUAUGGAUCAUGCUUCUGUCCCUUCGUCCACCGUGUCUGGAUCUCACUUGAGCACAAAGGCCUGGAUUACCAGUACGUCGAAGUGGAUGUCUACCGCAAGCCUAAGCUCCUCCUGGACAUCAAUCCUCGUGGCUUAGUACCCGCCCUACGGCACGGUGACUGGGGCUGCUACGAAAGCACCGUACUGAUGGAGUAUCUCGAGGACCUGCACCAAGGCAAGCCCUUGCUACCCAAGGAUCCAAAGCAGCGAGCCGAGAGUAGACUCUGGAGCGACCACAUCAACCGCCACAUCAUCCCGCUCUUCUACCGCUACCUUCAAGCCCAGGACGCCAAUGACCAAGCCAGUUACGCCAAAGAACUCACAGAGCAGAUCGCGAAGCUCGUCUCUGCCGCAGACUCCAAUGGUCCCUUCUUCCUCGGCUCCAAGUUGACAUUCGUGGACGUGCAGAUGGCACCUUGGGUUAUUCGGCUCGAGAAAGUGCUGAAGCCUUACCGCGGUUGGCCGGACCCAGAGCCGGGAAGCAGGUGGGAGAAGUGGGUAAGGGCGAUUGAGGCGAACGAUGCGGUCAAGAAGACUACUAGUGACGAUGACUUAUAUCUGGAUUCGUACGAGCGGUAUGCGGAGAAUCGGCCGAACACGAGUCAAGUGCAGGCAGCCAUUAACAAUGGAAGCGGAAUGCCGUGA